AAUCUAUUCUACACAUGCAGUACAUUAAUAACACAGUUCAAUAAGCAGAGUAUGAAUAGUAGCCAGAGUCACCAGUCAGAUUAGGACUUGAUCAAAGCGAUAUAAUGUCUUCUUUAGUUUUGUUUCUGUUCACUUAUGCCAUUAAGAUUUGUUUGAUAAAAUGUCAAUGAAUUUUUGUCACCUUUAUUUAUCAACCACUAUCACAUCGUCCUGUUUGUGCAGUGAUGGCUACGAAGCAGAGAAUCUACUAUCUUCCACUCAGCCAAAUGGCUUCCAAGCAGAAAGAUUUGCGAGACCUCCAGCUUACAUCACGGUAACGUUCCCUAUUCCCAUACAACUUGACCGAAUCACAGUAAGACCAUGGGUUGGUCAACAAUGUGUGAAAGACCUGCAACUUUACAUAGCUCGUAUCAAUAGAUCAAAUGCAUUGAAAUCUGUUUCUCCUGAUGAAGUUAAGUAUAAAGCUGGGAGAGCAGUUCUCAGCACUCCCGUUGAAGUUAGUUUUGUCAACAAACAUUACAGAGCAGUUCGAUGCCUUGAAAAGGGUGAAAAUGAAGUUAAACAAUCUGGUAUAAUUGUUGAUGUACAAGGUAACAUGGAUGGCAUUCUUGCAAUUAAACUUGGCAUAAUCAGUAUGCUUACUGGGACUGUGCCCUCUAUAGGAGGGCUGAGUAUUUGGGGAAAACCUUCAAACAAAUGCAAACGGAACUUGGCAAACAGCGUUAUUCAAAAAUGGCUGCAAAACCAGAAUUUACCACAAUGUACACUUAUAAAUAAUAGCAUUACAGUUUUACCUACUCUAACAAACAAAGAUGAAUCUGACAACGAAAGUGCUGAUAAGACAGAAAUUCCAAAGCAGUUUGUUGAUCCAAUUGUUUGCAGUGUCAUGAGAAACCCAGUUCUGCUUCCAAGUGGGCAUACAGUAGACCAGCAUACAUUAGACAAACAUAUUAUAACUCAGUCUGAUUGGGGAAGGCUACCAUCGGACCCUUUUACUGGCAUUCUGUUCACCGAACAAUACAAACCAGUGCCACAUGUUGCUUUGAAACUCCAGCUUGAUUCUUACCUUUUAAACAGGAAGUCUCAAAAUGGAAAAUCUCCAAAUUUAACUAAAACAACUAACCAAAGGAAGCGAAUUUAUUCCGAUAUAGAUGUGAACGAGAAUCCUUCUAAAGUAGUAAAAUUUCAUUCCCACUGCUCUAAAACACAUACAAGUGUUGCAUCCAAAUUAGAUGAACAUGAUUUGAAACUAACUAGCUUGUCCAACUCCAUGGAAAAUAGUUUGGAAGCUGCACUAAGUAAAGCAAAAAUACGGACUUCUAAGUUUAGGACCGUAAAAACUAGCUUUCAAACAACCGAUACCAUACAUUGUUGCAGGUGCAAAGUUUUUCUUUCAUCAGUUAUUAUUCAAUACUCCCUACCGUGUGGUCAUCGUCUGUGCCGCGAAUGUCUGCAUACUACAAGCAAUUUUGAGCGAAUGAAGCCUUCUGCUUCCUCAAACUUGACUUUGCGUUUAAGCUGCCCGUCAUGUGAAACGCUAUUUAAUCAAUCCGAUGUCACACGUGUUUACAAGUGAUGUGAUUUACCUAUACCUCUUUAUUUACUCUUUUCAUUAAAUUUCGAUAGUAAAAACUAAUAAAGUUUAUAAAUAUAAA